GCAGAAACCAAGAAAACCAGCAGCUACAAAACCCACUUUUUGUCUGCACUUUCAAACUCCAAAGGCACGGCACUUUUUGUCUGCUUUCUCUUCUUUUAUAAACAAAACCCACUUUGAUUCACUUCUCAUUCAUCAUCAACAAACACAAAAUCGAAACCAAAUCACUUAAACAAGAAAGAAACAAAGAGAAAUGAGCUCUGCAAGCAAAACGUGGAUGGUUGCUGCAAGCAUCGGAGCCGUUGAGGCAUUGAAAGACCAACUAGGCGUGUGUCGUUGGAACUACGUGAUCCGAUCUGCGAAUCAGUAUCUACGCAACAACUUAAGAUCCGUGUCGCAAGCUAAGAAGCUCUCUUCCUCAUCAAUCGAUUAUACCAACAAGACCAAGCAAGCUGAAGAAUCGCUGAGGACAGUCAUGUACUUGAGCUGUUGGGGUCCUAGUUAAUGGACAAUGGAGGGAUUUGAAAACCCUAAUCAUAGAGUUUUGAUAAUGUCUCUUUUAGGGUUUAAAACCCUUAAAAAGGUUAAAAAUGUAUAGAAUUUGCUCUGUAAAGUGACUCUUGAGUCUUGAACUAAUGAUUAAUCUCUUUUCAUAAGAUUUGUUCAAAUCGGAUUUUUCAGUUACUGCAACUAAGUAAGAAAGACUUAAACUUUGAAUAUAAA